GAGAAAUAAAAUACAAAGGGCUUUAUCUAAAUUCCUCCCAACUAUUGCAAUGGCGGCAUUUGUCAAAUCCCUUGUUGCACUUUUCUUUUUCAUUUGUGUAGUUCACGGAGGAAGCAGUAUAUGCACAAAUGCAAACUUGAAAAUCAAUCAAGUGUGGACCGGAACACGUAUAGAAGGGAAGAGUAAUUUCGAAGUUAGCAUUGAAAAUACAUGUUCAUGUGUGUUUGUGGAUGUAGUGUUGUCAUGCGAUGGAUUUCAACCACAAGAACCAAUCGAUAAUUCCAUUUUAAAGAAAGAUGGCUCUGAUUGUACUAUCAACAAUGGCAAUGCUAUUGCUCCAAGUUCUACCUUCAAAUUCAAAUAUUCAUCGGAUAAAAUGUACAACUUCUCCUUGAAGAAUUCUCAAAUUGCUUGUUCUUAAUUAGUUUCGAGGAACAUACCAACUAGUCUUUCUUAUGAUCCGAUGCUUGAUGAAUGAUCAUGCAUAUAUUUGUGUAUUUUUGGAAUUGUUUUCACGUUUUGAA